AUGACUGACAACACAUCUUUUCUAAGUAGUAGCAAUAGUAGUGAUGAUGAAUCUGGUGUUAAUGAUGGUCCAACAUUAAAUACACGUAUUAUUUUAGUUAGUACAUGGAUUAUUAUUGCUGUUGCUGGUAUUAUAGGUAAUAGUUUAGUUAUAUAUGUUGCGACUCGUUUUCAAAAGAUGAAUAAUGUAACGAAUUGUUUUAUCGUAAAUUUGGCUAUUACGGACAUUGUAUUUUUGGCAUUUUGUAUGCCACUUUUAGUCGUACAAUAUACAUCAGAUAAAUGGUUAUUCAAUGAAAUAUUUUGUAAACUUUUAAAUUUUAUUUCUUAUGUAAGCGUACUUGUUACUGUACUAACAUUAGUUGCAAUGACUAUUGAUCGAUAUAUUUAUGUUGUACGACCAUUUCAAAAUUUAAAAUGGAGAAAACCAUCAACAGUAUUUUUAUUAAGUAUUAUUAUUUGGUUAAUUUCAUGCAUAUUUGCUUCGCCAUUUUAUUAUCAUUAUGGUGUAGACCAUACUGAUGAUGAUGAUUAUCGACAAUGUAUAUUACUUAGUGACGACGAUUUACAGAAAUAUUUUCGUAUAUAUAUAGUUACUUUAUAUUAUUUUAUUCCAUUAACAAUAAUUGUUAUAACAUAUACACGUUUACUUUAUUAUGUUUAUGCAAAGGAAAACAGACUUAAGCCUAAAACAAAACAUCAUAUUGUAAAAUGGUCAAAGAAACGUCGUGCUGUAACAAGAAUGGUUGCCAUUGUUACAGUUGUUUUUUCACUUUGUUGGUUACCUCUUACAUUAUAUAUUAUAUCAGCAAAUAUAUUUACAACUAAAACACCAUUUCUUUAUUAUUUUAAAGUUAUUGCUCAUUCAUUUGCUUAUUUAAAUUCAGCAAUUAAUCCAUUACUUUAUGCAUUUUUAAAUCGUAGUUUUCGAAAUAAUUGUGGAAGUCUUUUUUCAGAAAAAUCAUGUUCAUUAUUUUUUAAUGAAGAUUAUCGUCCAUCACAAGGUGAACAACAUAGUAAAUUUCGAAAACAUUUACCAUCAACACAAACUGAGCGAUUUAGUUAUCAAUCAACAAAUCAUCAUACAACAUCAAUAAAAUUAAAUAAAAAGAAAAAAACUGUAUCAAUUAUUAGUCCUACUCAUCAAUUAAAACCAGAUAUUGUAUCACAUAAUGAUUUUUCUGAUGCCGAUUAUUAUGAAAUAUCUGAAGUUGAAUGUGCCACUCAUAUUCCACUUGAAAAAACGACCUAUUUGCCUCAUCUGCCUUCAGAACAAUAUGAAUCAUUAUUAACAGAAAAAAGCAAUGGUUCAAGUACUCAAACAACAAGCCUCUAA